AUGCCAAGGUUCUUUGUGGUUCCAAAUGGCGUGGAGAAGAUUGUAGACCACAUAAAGAUAAGAUACCAUAACAUGCCCAUGUAUAUUACAGAAAAUGGAUAUUCUUCGCUACUCAAUCCUAAUAUGACAAUGCAUGAUUUACUACAUGAUUUCAAACGGAUAGAAUAUCAUAAAGCUUACCUUACAGCAUUGCGUAGAGCCAUAAGGAAAGGUGCAGAUGUAAGGGGAUAUAUGGUAUGGUCAUUGUUUGACAAUUUUGAAUGGUCUAGUGGAUAUGAUAUAACAUUUGGACUUUAUUAUGUGGAUAGACAAACACUUGAACGGAUUCCCAAACUUUCUGUUCAAUGGUUUUCUAGUUUUCUCAACAAUGACAGUGAUACCAACAUAGAAGACUUGGGCAAGCAAUAUAGAAGCAAAUAUGUGAUAAUUGAUGUUGUCUAAGCUAUUUGAAUUAACUAGGUGAUUAUGUAAUUCACUAUUAAUAUUUUGAGAAAUGUUGGCCACAUACUAGACUAUUUAUUAUUAAGGAAUUUUUAUGUGAAUUUCACGAUUAA